CUGUGCAGGUGAACCGAUCCAGACAGGCGGUUCUGCAGCUAGAAGCAGCUUCCCGGUACCGACCUGCUCCUUCUCCGGGUUUCUGACCCACAGACCAUCAGAAUGGCUCCGCUGUCCAUCCAGUCCGGAGUUAAUUACGCCAAGACGCUGCUGCCGGAGACCUUGAAGAGGUCGGUGUCGACGGUGCAGACCACCAUCUCUCGCCACAUCCUGCCGGCCCCCCAGCCUCGCUGCUAUAAGGUCUGCACCCACAGCCGGCGGCGGCGCCGGAGUCUGGUGGCGGCGACGCGUCCUGAGCUGCUGGAGCAGGCGGCGAGCGUCUUCAUGAUGUCCUGCUGCAGCCUGCUGACGCUGGUCCUGGAGGAGGACGGCACCGUGGUGGACUCAGAGGACUUCUUCCAGUCGCUGCCCAGCAGCACGCCGCUGAUGGUCCUGGAUGCAGGAGAGAUGUGGAGCCACAGCAAGAUCCUGCCGAGCUUCCGAGAGCCGAAGAAGAAAGGGGUCGCCAAGGUGACCUUUGACCUUUACAAAGUGCACCCUAAAGACUUCCUGUGCUGCCUGACGGUCAGAGCCACGCUGUACGAGGUCUACACGCUGUCCUACGACUUCAGGUGCACCAGAGUCAAGCAGGUGCUCAGGUCCGUCCUGCGCUGCGUCACCUGUCUGACCAGAAUCACCGGCCAGCUGCUGCUCUGCACGUCCUCCUCGCUGCUGCAGUUCACCGCAGACGACAAGGACGCCUCCUAGAGGCCAGAGUGAGGAGGACGGCGCCACCCUGAGGCUGGACCAGGCCUGGUUCUGGUUCUGGUUCUGGUCCUGGUCCUCAGGGCCCUCAGACUGUUUUAAUGUCCACUGAGGCUGUUUAACCACCUUCAGGGUCUAGAUGAGGAGGAUGUGAGGUUUUAGAUCUGAUCUGCAUUAGAUCAACGUUUCUAAAUAUGUUCUUUCAUCUUUGGCAUUUUGAUUAAUAUGAAUAAAGAUAAAGUUUUUUUUUUAAA